ACAGUGGUGUUCGGCCAACCUGCUCUAGAAGCACAAUCUCCGAGAACAUCAGGGAGAGUUUAAAAAUUCCAUCAUGUGCUCGGGCGGGGAAGUUAUGGAAAGGUCGUCUUGGCUGAGGACACUUCUAACCAUCAGAAGUAUGCUGUGAAGAUCAUCAGCAAGAGAGCCAUGCUUGCCGACUGUGAUGAGGCGGAUGUGUUGGUGGAGCACCGAGUGUUACAGCUGGCAUCUGGGAGCCCCUUCCUUGUCCACGCAGACUUUGCAUUUCAGACCAAGUUGCUUUUUCUACUUGGGCUGGAAUACAUGAGCUGCGGGGACUUUGAUCAAUUCCUGAGGAUGAAGGGGCGGCUUGACAUCCCCAGUGCAAGAUUCUAUGCCGCUGAGCUUGUGUGUGGCAUCCAAUUUCUCCAUUCUAAGGGAAUUGUCCACAGAGACCUCAAGCCCGAGAACAUCCUGGUGGCUGAGACGGGCCAUAUUAAGAUCACAGAUUUCGGUCUCGCACUUGAGAACAUGCUUGGAGACCGCACAGCCACCGAAUAUGCUGGGACAGAAGGCUAUGUGGCUCCUGAGAUGCUGGCUGAGGAGGAGUAUGGCGUCGGAGUGGACUGGUAUUCAUUUGGUGUCAUCUUAAAUGAAAUGAUUACCAGUCAGGGCACAAGACGCUCCGGCGCUAAAGACAUCAUUAAAAAGCUCCUCCUGAGAGAUCCUGCCAAGCGCUUAGGAGUCCACGGGAACAUCCGAGGCCAUCAUUUCUUCCAGCAUAUUGACUGGGUCUCAGUGGAAGCCCUUCGGAUGCUCCCACCACACAUCCCUGUACCAUCUAUACCUCAACUCUGUCCCAGGCAAUUUUACCUGUACAGAAUGGAGGCAGCAGCAGCCGAGAAGGGACCUUUACCAUCUAAAGAUCAGGCCAUUUUCAGAGGGUUUUCAUUUGUCACCUGGUAAACCCUCCACCCGCUCUAAUGUCAUCAGAGCAAGAUGUCCUCCUGAGCUCCUGGAGAAGAUUGAUGAACGGACAGAAGAAUGGACCCAGCAUGAAGACCAUGAAGAAAUAUGAAGACUGGACCUGCGAUUAGCACUGGAAGAAAAAUAUCUGGAACACACUUGAUGAGAGAGGACACUGGUCCUAUAGCUCACAGAUCAACGCUGGAUGACUGUGUAUGUGUACGGGCAUUUGAUCCAGGGACUAUAUUCCCACUGCCAUAUUUGCAGUCAGGAAAGGAGUGUUUUUCCCCUUAGAUCAGGACAGAUUGGCAAAUGUCAUAAAGGGUUUUUUUAUCGCCUUCCUAUGGAUCAACACAGUUGCCCUUCCCCCAGUUCAGCCAUUCCCCUAAUCAAAAGUACAAUUUGGCCAACCUUCUGUGGACAGAUUAUUUAGUCAUUGAUUCUGGGACCUAUCUGACUGCCAUGCGUGGAGUCGGGAAGGAAUUUUUCCUCAUCUGAAGCUGAUGGCUGAGGCUCAGUGAGGUUUUUUCGCCUUCCUCUGGAUUAAUAAUAUCUGAUUCAGGGAAAUAGUCUGACUGCCCUAAGCGGAGUCGGGAAGGAAUUUUUCCCCCUACAGGGUUUUUUUCCGCCUUCCCCUGAAUCAAUAAAAGUCAAUGAAUCUAACAUAUCCUUGACUUUGAUUUGGA